AUGUCUGGGUCAGGCCAAUAUGUGACAAGACAGGCAGACCCAUGGCAGCCUUGGCAAGGAGGUCACGCCUACCUGCAAGAAUGGCUUUGGUGGGCAGGGCUGCUGUGCAUGGGAGUUGGAGAAGCAGCAAAUUUUGCUGCCUAUGCCUUUGCCCCUGCAACGCUGGUAACUCCACUGGGUGCUCUAAGUGUCCUUGUCAGUGCAGUUCUGUCUUCCACCUUCCUGCAUGAGCAGCUGAAUGUUCAUGGGAAGAUUGGCUGCAUCCUGAGUAUCCUGGGCUCCACGGUGAUGGUGAUCCAUGCUCCACAGGAAGAAGAGGUUUCCAGCCUGGAGUCAAUGGCAGAGAAGCUGAAAGAUCCAGGAUUCAUUGUAUUUGCUGUAUGUGUGCUGGUGAGCUCCCUUCUGCUUAUCUUUGUGGCUGGACCCCGUUACGGACAGAGCAAUGUCCUGGUUUAUGUUUUGGUCUGCUCCGCCAUCGGCUCGCUUUCUGUGUCCUGUGUCAAAGGCUUGGGGAUUGCCCUGAAAGAACUGUUUUCCGGGAAGCCAGUCCUGAAAGAACCACUGGGCUGGGUGCUCCUGGUGUGCCUGGUGAUCUGCAUCAGCGUCCAAAUCAACUAUCUGAACAAAGCCUUGGACAUCUUCAACACAUCUGUGGUCACACCCGUUUACUACGUGCUGUUCACCACAGCAGUCAUGAUGUGCUCUGCCAUCCUCUUCAAGGAGUGGCAACACAUGGUGCUAGACAACAUCAUCGGCACCAUCAGUGGCUUCCUCACCAUCGUGUCCGGCAUCUUCCUCCUGCACGCCUUCAGGGACAUGCCCUUCACCCCCGACCUCCUGCCCCUCUUCCUGCAGCAAGGCAGGACAGACCUGCACGCCUCGUGGAGGAGUGCAGACAAACAUCAGUCAUGUCAGCACCAGCCUCUUCUGCCCUCAGAGGACAAAGGCUCUCGCAGCACAGAGGAGGAGGAAGCUGAAAGCGUGUGAGGAAGCCUCUGAACUGCUAGCUUUUUGCUCCACUGCAAGGUUGAACAUGCUGCCUCAGCUGCUGCUAGCUACUGCUGCACAAGCAGGAGUUGGCAGUUACCAUCUACCUGCCCCCGGCACAAGAUGGGUGACCUGCCACUGCCAGGAGGCUGACAGGGACAGCAGCCUCCUGCGGCUACAGACAGGAGCACUGGGAACCGCCCAGUUCCUGGGAUCUGGUGCCUCUUCACUGUUCUUUUACAUGAAGAAUUGAUCUGCUCACAUCAGGACACAGGCUUUGGCGGCGCAGAGGCCCCGCAGCACUAACACAGUGCUAACCCUUACUGAAUGUGAAGACCAUGCAUUUGGGGAGGCCUCACAGCAUUUUUUAAAAAUAUACUUAAAAGAUUAACAGUUACAAAAUAAUCUAACAUGGUGCUAAGAUUACACGGAGAAAAGAUGGAUGUCUGGCUUUAAAGAUGACAUACCCAGAAUAUUUAUUCAAAAAUUCCUGUCAAGUACUUGUUUUGCUCACUCUGCUAGAAUUUAUUUACAGAUUCACAUCCAAGAACAGAAUACAGCCAAAACUAGAAAACUUCAGUGGUGCUGCCACGUGCUGCUGUGGCUCUUACGGAGGGACCAACCUCUUCAUGCAACAUCUGCUGUGCAGGUUGAUGAAGCACCUGCUUACUGUAUUCUAUUAAAAAACUAUUUGUUCAGUUACCG